AUAAAGUAUAUUAUUUUCAGAAUUAGAAUAAGCUAGUAUGGCCUGGGAUCAGGAUUUUGAGAAAUACGACCUGGCUGAUAUUAGGCUUCUUCUUAAGGAUUGUCUUGCCUCUGAUUCUGUUUUAUGUUUGUGCUCCAGGGUUCUUCUUCAUGAUGAAUACCUUCUAAACGCAGGAAUGAAGGGGAAAGUUAUAGAAGAACCUGAACCUGAACCUAAUGAUGAUACCGAUCAUGAUGCUUCUACAAAAAAUGAAGAUGUUGCCCAAGAAGACAAAGACGAACAUAGUGCAGAUGGCGGAGAGAGUGAAAAGUAUCCCGAAAAAAAGAAAGUCAGUUUUCAGGUGGAGGUUGAACCUAAGCUCCUGGAUGCAGUUGAUAUUGAUCUUGGUCCUUCCCUACAGCUCAGCAGUUACCCAGAUACAGAACAAUCCAGAUCUGAUUACGUUGUAGUGGAACAAGUGUUUGAGGAGCCAACAGAGGAAUAUGAUAUUGCUUUUAAAGAAGAUCUCAUCAAGAUGAAAGAACUAGGAUUACCCCUUGGUUUCAAAAAUAUACCAGCUACGGAGCUAGAGGACCCUCUAGAAGGAGGAGGAGGAGUGGUAGGAGGAGGAGGAGAAGGGAAGACCAGAAAGAAGAAAAGAACAAGGGGGAGAAAGAAAGUUAUUACAAAAGAUCUGGCACAGGAGUUUGAUGAAGGAUGGUGGGCGGAGCAUGGAAAUGAAUCUAUCAUGAAGGUUUGGACGGAGAGAUAUGGAGAGCAAAUGGAUGGAGGCGAGGAGGGGAAGGUAUCAUCCAACCCGGAGAUAGACGUUUCUAAACAGGACGGAGACAACUCCUCUGCCUGGGGAGGAUUUAACAACACAGAGUCAAGUUCAGGUUGGGAAACUCAAGUAAAAGAGCAGAGUUGUGAAUCAACUGAACCGAGUUCGGGUUGGGGUCAGAGUACAGCUAAUGAAGAACAGAAUUCAGGAGGAGGUUGGGGUCAGGGUGAACCUAAGGAAGAACAGAGUUCAGGAGGAGGUUGGGGUCAAGGUGCACCCAAUGGAGAACAGAUUUCAGGAGGAAGUUGGGGUCAGGGUGUACCUAAAGAAAAACAGAGUUCAAGAGGAGGUUGGGGUCAGGGUGUACCUAAAAAAGAAGAGAAUUCAGGAGGAGGUUGGGGUCAGGGUGGACCUAAAGAAGAACAGAGUUCAAGAGGAGGUUGGGGUCAGGGUGUACCUAAAGAAGAAGAGAAUUCAGGAGGAGGUUGGGGUCAGGGUGGACCUAAAGAAGAACAGAGUUCAGCAGGAGGUUGGGGUCCGGGUGAACCUAAAGGAGAACAGAGUUCAGGAGAAGGUUGGGGUCAGGGAGCACCUAAGGGAGAACCGAAUUCAGGAGUAGGUGCGGGUCAUGGUGGACCUAAAGAAGAACAGAAUUCAGAAGGAGGUUGGGGCCAAGGAUUCGUAAAAGAAAAGUCUUCAGGAAUUGGUUGGGGCCAGCAAGAGCCUAAGGAAUUAAGCCCAAUGGGAGAAGGUUGGGGCCAAGUAGAGACUAAAGAAUUGAGUCCUGGAGAAGGUUGGGGCCAGGGAGGUUUACUAGAACAAGGUUCAGGAUCAGGAUGGAAUGAGAGCCAAGGAGGUGAACAUCAGAAAGAUUGGGACAGAUUGUGGAUCGACGUGAGUAACGAGGUUUAUCGGAUUGAAUUGAAUAAGUGGGUUGAGAUCAGGGAAUCCACGGAGAUGAAGGAGAAGGAGACAAAGUUACUAGAAAGCAGACCCUGGAAACCAGAAGAGAACAUGAAAAACCUAAACCUGAACAAGGAGCAUAGUGAGACUGGGCAGAAUCCUUGUAGUGGACCAAGAUGGAGAUCUCAACGAGAAAUAUCAGGGUUGGGAUCCUUUCUCCAGCAGCUCAAGGAAACAGGACUGGAGAACCACCAGGAGAACAGAGACUCUGAAACUGGAAAUGAUGGGACGUCUGCGCAGGGGAAAGAAGGAAAAAAAGAAGAAGAAACUCGAGAAAGAGAAACCGACAAAAACGGAAAGGCUGGUGAACGAAAUGGAAAUGAUAGAGGAAAUAGAAGAGAAGGAGAAGAAGGAAGUAGUGGAGGAGGUGGAGGAAAAGGAAAGGACAAAGAAGAUGACAGUGAUGAUGAACCUCCUGAGGAAAUAAUGAACGAGAAGAAAAGACGGAAAAUGGAGGAUGAGGAAGAUGAGGAGGAAGAGGAGCAGGAUGAAGAGAACAUUAACCCAGGUUUGUCCCAGGCAGCUCGAGCCUUUAAUCUCUUAGGAUAUGUAUUUGAAACAGAAGUCGGUGAAAGAUUCCCUGAUUCACCUCCGGUUAGAUCUGGUGCCGUGACCUGGCGAUGCAAGAAUGCAGUCAAGAAAUCCCGGCAGUUAAACCUAAGCCGAAGAUCAUGUAAUCCAAAUAUUGUCAGGUUUGACGAGGACGGAAACCCAAUAAAGCCAAGUUCAUUAGAGAAAACCAACCAGAUCCUCACGGAUGUUUGCUCUGAAAACUGGAACCCAGGAGGAUCUGCAGAUGAUUCCACAAAAGAACUCCUUUCAGGCGAGGAUGAACGGAACACAAUGGAGGAAGGAAAUGAACCUGAAGACAAAGAGGAUGUAAAAGAAGACUCUGUGAUAAAUAGUAGACUAGAGGAGGAUGUCUCUAAUAAUCAAAGUACAAAGGAAAACGAUGAAAACCUUCUCCUUGACCAUACUCAGCCAAACAAGACAGUGAAGGAGAAGAAACAGCACAGAGGAAAACUGCCCCGACACGCACCAGUACCCCCUCCCAGUCACCUUAUCAAUCUACCUCAUAUUAAAAAGUAUUGGGCUCAACGAUACCGGUUAUUCUCUCUGUAUGAUGAAGGUAUACAACUGGACGAGGAAUCAUGGUACUCCGUUACUCCGGAGAAAAUAGCAGAGCAUAUAGCUUAUAGAUGUCAAUGUGAUAUUAUUGUGGACGGAUUCUGUGGCGUAGGUGGGAAUGCAAUCCAGUUUGCGUUUACGUGUGAACGUGUGAUCGCGAUCGACAUCGAUCCUGUGAAGAUCGAACUUGCGCGACAUAAUGCUCGAGUUUACGGUGUAGAGGAUAGGAUUCAGUUUAUUGUCGGAGACUUUUUCCAGGUUAUUCCUCAUCUAAAAGCAGAUGUCGUCUUCCUUUCUCCUCCCUGGGGUGGACCUGAAUACCUUAAUAGUGAGGUAUUUGAUCUUCAAGUGAUGGACGGAAACCUAGAUGGAUACAAGAUUUUUCAAGAAGCAUUAAAGGUAUCGACAAGUAUUGCAUAUUUUGUACCUCGUAACACCAAUGUGGAUCAGUUAACCGGCCUGGCUGGUCCUGGGGGCAGAGUUGAAGUGGAGCAGAAUCUUUUAAACCGGAAGUUCAAAACCCUGACAGCUUACUACGGAGAUCUGGUUGAAGAAGAACCGGAAGUCUAAUACUUAUGGAAAAGACCGAAUUCAUUUAUCAAUCAACUGCUGUAAAUUACACUGAACAAGAUGUAAAAAAAUAGUAUAACUUACUCAUCUAAUGCUCAUUCUGUAAUUUUGAUUAAUCUUAUUCAUAUUAAAAUUUCUUUACGUAUUUUCUAUUCGUUCUAUUAAGAAUGCUGAAAACUCGAAAUACGCAGUAAAAGCAUUUUCUUGUUAUUAUGAUAUUUUUUAGUAUCUUAGUCAUAAAUAUAUAACGAUAUUGC